UCACAACUGCUGCCAUUUCCUUGAGCUCUCCCUCUCCCAUUUCCAGCUGCUGGAGCAUGCCCUGGCCGGCGGUUGCGACAAUUGUGUCCAGUUUGUGCUUCGUGCUCACCUCCCUCCUCUCACCGCGCUUUUGCUCGCUCAGACGCUCUCUAUCAUCGCGGCCGUCCCACAGCCAGCCAUUUCUCAGCUGUCCUGCACCUCACCUGCACCCAUCUGCAAACUGCCAGACCUACCGAUUGCUCCACUUCCCCUGCAACGGGCGCACUUGUCCAGGACCUGGCGAUUCUCCGUGCCCGCACUUCUCCGCCGAGAGCGACAAGUCAGCCCGACGCUCCCAUCUUUCCAUCGCCGUCGCCCCUCUCUGAGCCUCUCUGGACUCGUCCGUUCUUGUCUAAGUAAUCCUUCUCUCCAUCGACCGACUGUCGCCUGUCGCCGGUGCCAUCCUCGGCAUUGACACUGUGCCCUCGGUCUGCCGGCACGAACCGUCGAUCCUCACGUCCAACAAAUAAUUCCCAACGCUCGACGACCCUUUCACGGCGGUCUACGAAUACAUACGAACGAACAACGGGCCGGCCUUUGCCUUUGUUGGCCCCUCCACACUCCCGCCUCGGCCGUUGCAAGAAAACACGAUCGGACAGAUACUCCUUUUUUCUUCUUUCUUUUUUGAUUUGUUUUUUGGAUUGUGACAAGUGAUCCUGUUUAUGCGAUACUCGGGUGCUGUUGGCUGCCAUCCCACCGCUCUGCCUUGAUCGUACUUGAUGCUUGAUUCUCCAUCACCUCGGGCCACCACCGAGAGAACGCAACAAAACAAGAGAAACCAUAUAUAACAUAGCCAUGGAUGACUAUCUGGAUAGCCCCAUGGAGACGGAGGAUGUCUUCCCUUGCAAAGGGUGCGGAGAGAUCCUCGAGGAGGGCAAAGCCUUUGAAUUGGCUGGAAACCGAUGGCAUCUUGACUGCUUUCGUUGCAACACAUGUAACACGCUACUCGACUCGGAUGCGAACCUGCUCCUGCUUGGAGAUGGUUCCCUCAUCUGCAACAACUGCACCUACAGCUGCAGCGCUUGCAAUAAUAAGAUUGAAGACCUUGCCAUCCUAACCGGAGACCAGGCUUUUUGUGCAAGCUGCUUCCGCUGCAGGAACUGCAAGAGGAAGAUCGAGAACCUGCGAUAUGCCCGCACAUCACACGGCAUCUUUUGCAUGAACUGCCACGAGUCCCUCAUGGCAAGACGACGCAAGAAAUCAAAAGCAGCAGCUCAAGCAAAACAACGAGAAAAGGAUGCGUCGCCCAUGAUCACAGACAAGUCCCUGCCCGCCUUGCCGCCAAACGCCGUCCCUCCUAUAGCGUUCUCGGGCGAUAGGGCAACCCCCGACUCCGACACGCCUACCGAGCUGUCGCCGCGUCCUCGUAAUGCAUAUGGUGGCAUCAACGAGUCGUCUUCGCGCAGCGUCUCGAGGAACGAGCUUUCUCCCGAACGAACCCAAGACUCUUCGAAAGAGCCAUCGCUUGCGCCACCUCAGCAAAACUAUCGGAACAACCGAAACUCAACCAUUCUUUCUGGCGAUAUGAGCAUUGGAGAUGGCGAAGGAUUCUUCAUCCCGGUAGCGCUGGAUCCCAGCCCUGCCCCUUCACUGACGCCACAGUCCAUGUCCGAUACUUUUACCGACUCAAGCAGGAGGAAACAGGAGAGAGAUUACUUCAGUGUACCGAAGCCAAGUCCAUCCCAGGACAAGAGAUCGGAAUCCGCAGCAUCCACGCCCCAUAUCGCUUUCCAAGAAAAAGGCAGACAACCGUCGUCCGACUAUGAAGUACCACAGUACGAAAGACCAGCGAGGAAGCUUUCGAAGCGGAACGGCAAACCCCAGACAUCGCCAGGAAUUGGCGAGGAAAGGAGGCCUUCGAAUGGGAGGACACCCACAAACGAUGAGUUCAAACUGCAAGACGCCCCCAAGAGCAAAAAGCUUGUCAACUCCAGGAGUAAUUCUUUGUCGGGUGGUUCUAUCGACGCUUCAGCUCCCACAAGACCACCGCCAGCACCGUCCAGAAACAGGGAACCGCUUUCAAACACUGUGAACAACAACUCGCCGUCUCCUUCGAAUUUGUCCGAAAGAGUUACGCCUCCUCGAGCUUCUCAGGACUCCCGGUUGAGGGACGAAGAUGCUAUCCGGCCAUCGAUAGAUUCACUGUCCAACAGGACGGAUCUUUCUGGGCCCAAGCCGGUAGCGCGCAAAGAAGUACCACAGCCACCACCUCGGAAUGGCGAGCUACAAGUUCGUCCAGCGGCUCCCGAACAAAAACUAAGCGACACCUACAUGCAACCACGGGCAGCUCCACCACCGCCGCCGUCGCAGGCUGGGCAGCGAACACCUAGGGGAUCUGUGAGCUCAGUGAAUGAGGAAGGGAAGGUAUCACCCAAGUUGCCGCGGUGGAGCGCUGGUGGCGACUUCAGCAUGGACGAGGACAUGGCUAGAAUCCUUGGUACCGACGAGGGCUCUUCAUCUAUACUGCGUCGUGUGUCCAAUGCCGUUCGUCACGGGCGACAUAAUAGUGCCGAAACCGCUACCCACCAGACGAGGGUCGGUCACAGCAGGAGCGUCAGCGAGACGACUCGAGGCACCACUUCGCCCCGUUGGCCUAGAACGCCAAUUGCUGAAGACCCAACGAACGGUGGCCAUGUUCCCGACAUCAGCAGCCCGAUCUCGCUCUCCGGAGCUGCCCAUGAUGAUCCAAUGUUCCUGAAGCGGCAGCUCAGAAACUCGGAGCAGCGCGUUGCAGAGCUUGAGCGACAGUUCAACACCGAGAAGGAUCUCAAGAACUUAAACAAGAAACUUGUGGAAAAGAGAAAGACUGUGUCUGUUCUUGAUACCCAGACAGAGAUUAUGAUCCGGCAGCUUGAGGUUUUGGCCGGUUAUGUGGAGCGGGCAAAGAAGACGAGCGAACCCCUGGAUCCCCGGGAGCUGGAGGAAUCUGCCAUCAAAGACUUUGUGCAAAAGCUGGAGAAGGUCAAGCAAAACAUGACGGCAGCGAUCGAGCAACUCCACGCUGAGCGGGAUGACCUGCUCGAGGAAAGGAAUCAAGCCAUUGCCGACCGCGACCGCGCCCUUCUCGAGUUUGAGCAGCUUUCGUCCAAGAAUGCGCAGUUGGCUGAUCUGAACAACGAUCUUACACACCAAAUCCAAGAGAGGUUCAAGCAGCAGAUCAAUAAUGGUGAUCUCAAGAUGCCUCCAAAUGGUCUUGGCAUCUACAGCCAUUCCAAGGGCUCGUCCUCGGUCAACUUGGAUACCGCCAGCAUGCAGACUGGAACCACCCUCAUGGGCACUGAUGCUGAGGAGCCCAUCCUUGAGGGCCCAACAGUGGUGAAUAUUCGCAAGGGUCAAGUCAAAAAGUUCAACUGGAAAAAGGGGUCAAGCAAGGUUGCGCACAACAUCACGAAGGGCAUCAACCGUGCGGCAGGUGCCUUCCAGGCACAAGAAGGCAAUCCUCGCAUUGGCGCCCCUCAGACGCUGAACAGCGACAGCAUUGGCAUCCCGUACAACAUGACGGUCGCUCAGGUCGAGUCACCAGUCACCACGAUCCCGCCUCCACCACCACCUAUGGGCGUGAACAGAGUCAACACCGACCAGCGUCAAGGUUUUGGCUUCUUUGGCAAGAAGCAGCAACAGCAGGCAAUGAUUAAGUCCCAGUCCAUGAACAAUGUCCCAGCACCGGCAGCAGCCGAAGCACCAAGCACGUUGUUCGGAUCGGAACUGGUCGAGAGGGCGGAUUAUGAACGCCGUCAGAUACCCAACGUCGUCACGCGCUGCAUUGAGGAGGUGGAGCUGCGGGGCAUGGACAUUGAGGGUAUCUACCGGAAAACGGGCGGCAACUCGCAGGUCAAGAUGAUACAGGAAGGGUUUGACAAGAAUGGGGACUUUGACAUUUCGGAUCCCGACUUGGACAUUACGGCUGUGACGAGCGUGCUGAAGCAGUAUUUCCGGAAGUUGCCGACGCCGCUGUUGACGUUUGAUGUUUAUGAGAGGAUUUUGGAGAGCAACACAAUCCAAGACGAGAGCGAGAGGUGCGCGCACAUGAGGAGGACGAUUAAUACGCUGCCGCCAAAGCAUCGGGACUGUCUGGAGUUUUUGAUGUUUCAUCUUGCUAGGGUGGCCAGUAGGGAGAGGGAGAAUUUGAUGUCCCCCAAGAACUUGGCCGUGGUGUUUGCGCCGACGAUUAUGAGGGAUCACAGUCUGGAGAAGGAGAUGACGGACAUGCAUGUCAAGAAUUUGGCGGUGCAGUUUUUGAUUGAGAAUAGUCAUGUUAUUUUUGGAGAGGCUUGAGUGGGUGGGUGGUGAGAGGGGAAAAGGGAGAGGUGGUGGUGGGUUUGUUCUUAUUUAGCGACAAAGGAAAGAAGGGUGUUUGAAGUAGUGUUGUUGUUGCUAUUGAUUUUUAUUUUUUUUACUUGAUCCUACAGAAGCCCCCAGAAAAGGGGGAGGAGUGUUAUGAGGAGUUUGUAUAUAAGACGGCCCCUGCUUUGAGUCUGAGGGAAAGAUGG